AUGACGCAGAAGAAAGCCACAGGCCUCAACUGGUAUGGUGGGCCAAGCGGUUCUAGCGUUUGGUUAGGGCUGGGGAGACUGCUCUUGCCAGCCGAAUUUGAGCGUGCAGAAGUGAUUCGCAGGAGUCGACGAGCACGGACACGUGCACAGAAGACUCAAGAAGACGCUGCGAGUGGAACAGUGGCGGCGGGCGACACCGAGGGCGACAAUGGGGUCGGCGAAGCGGCCCUUGACUCAGAAGAGCAGGAACCUCAGAACGGCCCUGAAAACCCCGAGGAGGGAGAUGAUACUGGUCUGCCAGACGGUGAGGACACGCCCACGGACGUGCCAGCAGACAACACCAACGAGUCGAGUGGAGAUGCUAUCGAGACUCUAGCGCCCGAUCACGACGACAACAACAACAACAACCAGCAAGGCGGCUCCCCGGUUGCAGACGACAAAGCAAGCAACACUCGCUCUCCUGACACGGCUUCAGGAGAAGCACAGCCUCGCCCCAUGGUCACAGGAGGCAUCCGAGGAGGCGGAUGGCAAGCGCAGAGACCUCGAUCAAGGUUAUCUCCAACGAAAACUGAAACUCAACUGAUUCGUUUCAGCAGAGCAACCACUGUUGUUGAAACGCCAUUAUUACCUUCCGAGUCUCAAGCGCGAGAGUCCUCUUAUGUGCCAGACCGAGAUCGAGAUUGA